GUGUGCUAGACCCGGAUGAGGGCACCACCACCACCGCUACCGUCGCCACCGUCGCAGCCAUCGUCGCCAACGCCACCACCGCCGCCGCCGCCGCCGCCGCCACCGCCGUCGUCGCCUUCGCCGUUGCCGUCGCCGUCGCUACCGUCGUCGUCGACGUCGUCGCCACCUCCAUCGCCGCUAUCGCUACCACCAUCACCGCCACCACCAUCACUAUCGCCACCGCCGAAUUCACGGCGGUGUUGGAGGUUGGAAUACGCGAUUAUAGCUGAAAAAGAGAGCUCCAAACUGGCCGCGACAGCGAGUAUCACGCAUCCGGACGAAGUCGACGCGAUCAGGGGUGACGAGAUCAUUAUGACUGACACGGAGGCCACCGCCGCCGUUGUCGCUGCCGCCACAGCGGCUGACACGCAGAAGCGGGCCAACUUUUCGGCGUUGACAGUCGGCAAUCCGAACGGCGUCAACAAAAUUUCGCCGAGCCUCGCGAAUGCGAAACCCGGUUCCGCAAAGAAGCUCGUUAUCAAGAAUUUUAAAAGUAAACCCAAAUUACCAGACAACUAUCAAGAGCAGACAUGGGAAAAAUUACAGGAGGCUGUGGUUGCCAUACAAACCAGCAAAAGUAUUCGUUAUUCUCUCGAGGAGCUUUAUCAGGCUGUUGAGAAUAUGUGUAAUCACAAAAUGGCUUCAACACUUUAUUCAAAUUUAAGCAUUUUGACAGAAUCUCAUGUGAAAGCCAAUAUUGAACAGUUUCUGGCAGAAUCUAUGGAUAGACAUAUAUUUUUGAAGAAGAUGAAUGAGUGCUGGCAGUCACAUUGCAGACAAAUGAUAAUGAUCAGGAGCAUCUUUCUGUAUCUCGAUAGGACAUACGUUCUACAAAAUCCGAGUAUUUCAUCGAUAUGGGAUAUGGGAUUGCAUCUAUUCAGAUUACAUAUUGUGCUAAAUAAUCUAGUGCAAACGCGCACGGUGGAAGGUCUUCUUAUGCUCAUAGAAAAGGAACGACAAGGCGAUACGGUAGAUCGAACGCUUCUAAAAUCGCUAUUAAGAAUGUUAUCGGACUUACAAAUCUACCAAGAUGCCUUCGAAACAAAGUUCCUACAGGCUACAGAAAGAUUGUAUGCUGCCGAAGGUUUACGAUUGAUGAACGAACAUGAUGUUCCUGAAUAUUUGGCUCAUGUCGAUAAGCGUUUACAAGAAGAAAACGAACGGUUGUUGCACUAUCUUGAUACAUCAACUAAAUGGUCGCUCAUACAUACUGUAGAAAAACAAUUACUAUCUGAACAUAUUACUAGUAUUUUACAAAAAGGCUUAAGUGGGUUGUUGGAUGAAAAUAGGAUUAGUGAUUUAUCGUUACUUUACAACUUAUACAGUCGGAUAAAAAAUGGCCUUGUGGAGCUAUGUUUAAAUUUUAAUUGUUAUAUCAAAAAAAAAGGUAAGACGAUAGUUAUAGAUCCUGAAAAAGAUAAAACGAUGGUACAGGAACUUUUAGAUUUCAAAGAUAAAAUGGAUAAUAUAGUUAAUACGUGCUUUCAUAAAAAUGAAAAGUUCGCAAAUAGCUUAAAAGAAGCUUUUGAAGCUUUCAUCAAUCAAAGAGCAAACAAACCAGCGGAAUUAAUAGCUAAAUUUGUUGAUUGUAAGUUACGCGCUGGUAAUAAAGAAGCAACGGAGGAGGAAUUAGAGAGAUUAUUAGAUAAAAUUAUGGUACUCUUUCGUUUUAUUCACGGAAAAGAUGUUUUUGAAGCAUUUUACAAAAAAGACUUGGCCAAACGUUUGUUAGUGGGAAAAUCAGCUUCCGUAGACGCUGAAAAGUCAAUGUUAUCUAAAUUAAAACAAGAAUGCGGUGGUGGAUUUACUAGUAAAUUGGAAGGAAUGUUUAAAGAUAUGGAACUUAGUAAAGAUAUCAAUAUUGCAUUCAAACAGUAUGCAGGAAACUUGCAAAGUGAGUUGGUGGCAAAUAAUCUAGACCUAACUGUAUCUAUACUUACUAUGGGGUAUUGGCCUACAUAUCCAGUGAUGGAAGUCACCCUACCAAUGGAAAUGGUGCAGUAUCAAGAUGUAUUUAAUAAGUUUUAUUUGGGAAAACAUAGCGGUAGAAAAUUGCAGUGGCAACCGACCUUAGGACAUUGCGUUUUGAAAGCAUGGUUUAAUCAGGGCAAUAAAGAGCUGCAGGUAUCGUUAUUUCAAGCAUUAGUCUUAAUUCUAUUCAAUGAUAGUGAUAAUCUCUCAUUGGAAGACAUCAAAGCUGCUACAAAUAUCGAGGACGGCGAACUAAGAAGAACAUUACAAUCCUUGGCAUGUGGAAAAGCUCGUGUUCUUCAAAAGAAUCCACGUGGCCGAGAUGUCGCCGAUAACGAUAGAUUCGUAUUUAACGCAGAAUUUACAAACAAAUUGUUCAGAAUUAAGAUUAAUCAAAUUCAAAUGAAAGAAACGAAUGAAGAACAAAAAGCGACAGAAGAAAGAGUAUAUCAAGACAGACAAUAUCAGAUAGACGCAGCUAUUGUCAGAAUUAUGAAAAUGAGGAAAACUUUGACUCACAAUCUUCUCAUUAGCGAGUUGUAUAAUCAAUUAAAAUUUCCCGUAAAGCCUGCUGAUUUGAAAAAACGGAUCGAGUCUCUUAUAGACAGAGACUAUAUGGAGCGAGACAAGGACAAUUCAAAUCAAUACAAUUAUGUUGCGUAACCUAAAGCAUAUGCCAAAGUUACAUCGAUUUGUAAAAUUGACGCUAAUCUUUCUAGCAAAUUGAAUCUAUCACCAUUGGUGUUUGUCGUGAAUGUGAAUGAGAGAUUAUAUAACCAAUUCGAUUGUUGAGAUAGAGUUAUAAGGGGUGCGAUCAGUUCGUACAAAAGGGAAGAAAAAGAAAUGUCACUUUAGUGUACAUUCUCUGGGUUAGUUUUUAGUGCGCAAGAGACAUUAAAUGGUUGCAAUCCUCCUUUAACCAGUGUUGUGUUGUUUUCAAAUCUUAUAAAGAUAAACGGACAGGAUGACAGGCAAAAUAAGCUUGAUAAUAUAACGUUCUAGGAUAUAACAAUUUUUUAUGCAACACAGUUUUUCACAGCAUACUUACGAUUAAGAUGUAAUAAAGAAUGCAAAAAUGUAUACAUACUGUGACACUAGCAUAAAUAUAGAGCGUAAGAGUGCAAUCGCAAUAUGAUUAAUUAAUUCGAAAAGUAAAAAACAAUACAGUAUUUAUAAUGAAAAUAAAAGAGCGUACUAUGUCUAUAUAUAUGCUAUCGUGAUACUUAUCUUUAAAAUCUGCAAGUUAUUUGUACCUCUUCACAUUUGUCUUCGUGUUUUUAAAAACAUUUUUAACAUUUCAAAUAUUCUUUAGAACCAUAGAUAUAAAAGUAAUAGAACUUUGAAACAUGCUGCAUCUCCAUGUUUGACAUAAAAUAUAUGAUAAAAGUAUCCUGGGGCUCUAUUCUGUACCGAAAACUAUCGGUGUCGUUACGCAGGUUUUUGUCAUACAAAAUAUCUGCGCAACGACACCGAUAGUUAUCGGUAGGCGGUACAGAAUUAGGCCCCAGUUUGUCUUGAAUCAAAGUUUGAACUAUACAACCGUGAGACAAAGAUACACGAGAUGUCAAUAAGUAGGAAAUCACGUGACGUACGUGAGUUGGUGAAUUGCGAUUGUUAUUAAAAACCGACAUAUGUAUAUAUAUAUAUGCAUCAUUGCCGAAAAAUGCUAGAAAUUACAUGAAAAAAAAAUAUUAAUCAUUAAAUGAUUAAUUAAACAAUCAUUUGUGAUCUUGGCUUGUUAAAUUAUUUCGUGUCCAUAUAUUUAUAAACUAGAUUAGUAAAGAAUAUACUUUUACGAAGACAUUUACUGACAGGAAUGUUCAGUUCAACGAUUGGAAGAGUAUUCACUGAGAAUAUGUGAAACAUCAACAAAUACAGUUAUGCAAUAUAAAUGCAUAAUCAAUUAUUGAAGUAGUUUUUUUAAUUGAGAGAAGAUAGUACUGCCAGAAAUGUUUUAAAGUGUCACUCGCAAUCCUCUUAACAAGAGAAGAUAGUAACUUCAUGUUGCCAUGUACAGAUUUAGGAAUAACCUCAGGAAGUGAAGGUAGAGUAUAUGAACAUAAUAUCUUCUCACAUAAAUUAUCUUAUACUGCGUUUCCAAUUACAUGUAUGACACUACAAAACUUAUUUUUUUGUAACAAUUGAUCUAUCGAAAUUGUACAUAGAGAGUAAGGGGUUCUGUACUUAUAAUAAAAAAUCGAGAAGAAAAAGAAUUAACGCCACUU